AUGAGUCCAUCGCCCUUUAUUGUCAGUGCUCCAGGUAAAGUCAUUAUAUUCGGAGAGCAUUCAGCUGUUUAUGGAAAGCCAGCAAUUGCUGCAGCAUUAAGCUUGAGAUGUUAUUUACUUGCAACCCCAAAUGAAAACAGUGAUAUAAUUAGACUAGAAUUCCCUGAUAUUGAGUUGUCCUAUUCCUGGAAAAAGUCUGAUCUUCCUUGGGAGUUGAUCAAGUCAGUUAGCCAAACCGAGAAUGGUGUUCCAAAGGUGAGUGAAGAGUUGGUUCCAGAGAUUACCCAGGCACUUUCCUCAAUAUUGUCCGAUGUUAAUUCCAAGAUGCACCACACGGCCUGCUUUUGCUUUUUAUAUUUAUAUUGUAACCUAUGUGACAAUUCCACACCAGGUAUGACUUUUUCUGUGAGAUCUACGUUGCCUAUAGGAGCUGGAUUAGGGUCAUCUGCUUCGACUUCUGUAUGUUUGGCUGCUGCUUUGGCGACACUUGGUGGAUGGGUGUCUAAGGCAGAACUAACCAACGAUGAUCAUGUACCUAGUGGUGAGCCUGCAGAUUUACAUUUCAUUGAUUCCUGGUCGUUGAUUGGUGAAAAAUGUUUCCAUGGAAAUCCUUCUGGAGUUGAUAAUGCGGUGGCAACCCAUGGUGGAGCAGUUAUGUUUCAAAGAAGCUCUCAACCAAGGCAACCAUCUGUUCGAACUGCGAUUAGAAACUUCCCUCCUGUAAAAUUGUUGCUUACUAAUACGAAGGUGCCUAGAAGUACUGCUGAAUUAGUUGGCGGGGUUGGAAAAAGACAUAGAAAAUAUACCAAGACAUCUUCCAGUAUAUUGGAUGCAAUGGGCCAUUUGGCAACAGAGGCUCACGAAGCAAUUAUCACGCCAUCUUUCGGUGAAUCAGAGCAUAAGAAAUUACUAGAGUUGGUGGAUAUUAAUCACGGUUUGUUGGUGGCUUUAGGAGUAUCUCAUCCGGUAUUAGAAAAGGUUAGAAUCAUAAGUGACGUUCACAAAAUCGGUGCUACAAAGUUAACUGGUGCCGGUGGGGGUGGCUGUGCCAUUACUUUAAUUAAUGAUAAUGCUAGUGAAAAUGAUAUUGAAGAUGCUAUUGUUGAAUUUGAAAAAGAAGGUUUCGAAUGUUUUAAAACUUGUUUGGGGGGUAAGGGUGUUGGUAUCUUAUAUUCCGAGGAUGUUCCAUUAGGAAAUGAUACAGUCCAAGUCUUUUCUACUGAGAGAUUCUCUUCGUAUGAAGAUCGAAACGAAAUUGAGAAGGCAUUGGGAGUAAAUAUUAUUGAUGAGUGGCGAUUCUGGUAA